UAUGUAUAAUCUAUUACAUCGCGGGAAGUUCUUUGUGGCAAUAGUAUCAGUCAAGUGAUCUGCUUUGUAACGAAAUGAUAGCAUCUACAAAUUCUUUUGAAGCACAGGCUUGUUCAACAACAGUUUUAAUAAUCCAUUAGUGGCUAUUAGUAAUUGUAAUAGAAAGGCACUCGAGUCGAAAAAAAGGUGAUAAAUAUGUUCAACACUGAAGUCGUUUAAAGAAGAAUAUUUCUGAAUAUAUUCAAAGGUUAAUUGAUUUCAUUCAAUUGCACCAGUCACAUUGCGCGCGUAUAAUACUGUUAAUUUUGAAAGUUCAAACAAAGUCCACAAUUUUAUCAGUCGCUGUUAUCAUGGAGAAGCAUGAUGCAUUGUUACAAGUGCAUUUAGAGAGACCUAUUUACGAACAAGAAGCCUUAAAUGAAGAUUAUCGUUACGAACUGCCAAAUAUAUCUGUUUUUAAAAACACUGUACACACUUUAAAAUCGAAAAAUUGGAAGUCAUGUAUGACAUCUGCAAUCCCUUCGAUAAACUGGCUGAAAGACUACAAUUGGAAAGAAAGCAUAAUGUCCGAUGUAAUUUCUGGUUUAACCGUAGCAGUUAUGCACAUCCCCCAGGGCAUGGCUUAUGCACUUUUAGGAAACGUACCGCCAGUAGUUGGCAUAUACAUGGCAUUCUUUCCUGUUUUAAUAUAUUUCUUUUUUGGCACAUCUAAACAUGUGUCGAUGGGAACUUUUGCCGUGGUUUGCUUGAUGACCGGGAAAACAGUGAUGACUUACUCGAUACCGCACCGUGAGUUUACAAAUCCGAAUACUACAGAUCUAGUGUUCAAUCACACUGGGGAACAUUUGUAUUCGUAUACACCGAUGCAGGUAGCAACAGCCGUCACAUUGAUGGUUGGGAUAUAUCAGAUCAUAAUGUACGUAUUUCAGUUGGGUAUCAUAAGCACGUUGCUUAGCGAACCUUUAGUGAACAGUUUUACAACCGGUGCAGCAGUAUAUGUUUUAAUAUCCCAAAUUAAAGAUCUCCUAGGUCUGAAAUUACCAAAGCAAAAAGGAUAUUUUAAACUUAUUUUUACAUUGAUAGAUGUUGUCAACGAGAUACAGAAUACAAACUUGGCUGCUGUGCUAGUGUCAUCGAUAACAAUUAUUAGUCUCGUUUGUAACAACGAAUUUUUAAAGCCAUGGGCAAGUAAAAGAUGCAGCAUUCCGAUACCAAUCGAGCUAAUUGCAGUUGUGAGCGGUACUUUACUUUCAAAAUAUUUUUGCUUAUCCGAUAGGUACGACAUUCAAGAUGUAGGCGAUAUCCCUACGGGACUUCCAACACCGGUGGUGCCAAAAUUUGAUUUAUUACACCUUGUAGCAAUAGAUAGUAUUGCUAUAACUAUGGUUUCUUAUACUAUAACUAUAUCAAUGGCUUUAAUAUUUGCGCAAAAACUUAAUUACAAAAUUAAUUCAAAUCAAGAACUUCUUGCAAUGGGUUUGAGUAAUAUAUUCGGAUCGUUCUUCUCGUGUAUGCCAGUGUCAGCAUCGUUAAGUAGAUCUUUAAUCCAGCAAACUGUUGGCGGUCGAACACAAAUAGCUAGUAUUGUAUCUUGUUUAAUAUUGCUUACUAUUCUUUUAUGGAUUGGUCCGUUUUUUGAACCCUUACCAAGAUGUGUUCUUGCAUCAAUUAUCGUUGUAGCUUUGAAAGGAAUGUUUCAGCAAGCUAAACAACUUAUAAAAUUCUGGAAAUUAAAUAAAUACGAUGCGUUGAUUUGGAUCGUAACGUUUUUAAUAGUUGUCAUAGUAAAUAUUGAUAUUGGUUUACUGCUUGGAAUAAUGAUGUCGCUGGCAAUUAUUUUAUUGCAAAGUAUCAGACCUUACACUUGUUUACUGGGCCAUAUACCAAAUACAGAUUUAUAUUUAGAUUUAAGUAGAUACAAGGCAGCAGCAGAGAUUCCAGGAUUGAAAAUUUUUCAUUAUUGCGGAACUCUCAAUUUUGCAAAUACUAAUCAUUUUAAAGCAGAGUUACAUAAAUUGGUAGGGGUGAAUCCAAAAAAAAUUAUAGAACGGAAACUAAAAUUAAGAGAAAAAGGUAUUUACAUGGAUACAGGGGAUUCGGAAAACAAACAAGAGUUACAAUGCGUCAUAAUGGAUAUGAGCGCAUUAAGUUAUAUUGACUCUAGCGGUGUAAUCGCGUUACAUUCGACGAUAACAGAAUUUAAUCAAAUUGAUGUUCCCUUUUACCUGGUAAAUUGCACAAGUCCGAUCUUUGAAAUGAUAAAAAAAUGUGACUUGUAUUUACACGGAAAACUCACAUUCAAGAUUUUUGCAACAAUACAAGAUGCUAAAAUGUACUUAGAAAAAGAACUUUAUUCGAGGUAAUAUGUACACGUUAUUGUACAUUUGUUAAGAACAAUGCAUUGUUAAGAAUAUAUGAACAAAUUUUUACUUCUGUCCUAUUGUUUAUGUGAUAUUGGAAUUAAUUGUUCUAUAUUUUUGAAUGUAUAAUACUAAAACAAAUUAUAAUUAUAAGUCUUGAUAUUUGCAAAUAAUUAUUUAUGUGGCAAAGUAACAAACUAGUCGAACAUAACUCUAAAUUUAUCACAUUUCUAUAUAAAUUUUUUAAAAUAAUUCUAUGAGAUUAAAAAAACAGGAAUAAAUUUAAA